AUGAACACCCCAGCAGGCAGCGCGAACGAGCCGGUCCUCCGCUACACGGCCAAGGCCACCCCGGAGCACCUGGCCACGGCCCAGUCGAGCUCCAUGCUCUCGACCGUCUUCCGCUCCGCCGCGCCCGAGCUCACCGCCCCUCACGAGGUCUACUACCUCCCGCUCGACCGCAUGGGCCUGCGCGCUCCCGCCACCCCCGAGCACUGGCGACCCACCUCGCUCGACUACCUCGUCCGGGUCCCCGCAGCUGACCCGGCCACCGCCGCUGUCUAUUCGGCCCAGUGCGACCUGAACACGGGCGAGGUGCUGGCCCAGGCCCAGGCCGAGCACGCUGAGAGUGGUAAGCUCUACGAGCCGCGAAGGCUGGCGUCGCCGCAGCUGCACGUGACGGCGCUGUGGCUGCACGCGGUGCACGAGGGCGCGGCCACGAACUGCGGCGACGAUGUGGUCUACGUGAUCGACCCGCUCGACAAGACGUGGCGGCAGGCCGACCGACCCUACCACAUGGCCGAGUUCAUCAACGUCGCCUCUGAGAGAGCCUCGAACUUCUUCAGCAACCUCAACGUCGACGACGACCUAGCGGACUAA